AUGGCGACCAAAUCUCCCAGCCAGACGCGGUCAAGCCAGCAGAAACACCAUCUGCGCAAGACCCUGAGGCCGUCCAAUGAGGCUGAGAAUGUCAAAGAAGUCUACAUCCUGGUUAUGGGCCUCACAGGAGCUGGCAAGAGCACAUUCAUCUCCAUUGUGACGGGCGACGACAGCAUCCCGAUCGGAAAGGACGAUGAGCUUGACUGUGUCACCCAAGAGGUCAGAGACUAUUCCUUUGAGACCAGCUACCAUGGCGAGUUCUACGAGGUCCAUCUCAUCGACUCUCCAGGCUUCGACGAUGGUGUGGCCAACGAUGCCGAGAUCCUGUCGCGAAUCGCCACCUACAUCAAUGUACUCUACAAAAUGAAGAAUACUAUAGCGGGGGUCUUGUAUCUCCAUGAUAUUACCAAGGCCCGCAUGGGCGGCGUUGGUCUCCGAAAUCUUCGUAUGCUCGAGAACAUGAUCGGUAUGGACAAGUGGGACAAUUGCACCCUCGUAACUACCAAAUGGGGCUGCACCAACAACGCCGAAGCCGAAGAGGGCCGCGAGAAUCAACUCCGCACCAGGCCACAGUUCUUUCAAGCCAUGAUUGAGAGCUCGUACAGCGCCAAAAUGGUCCGCUUCCACCGAAGCAAGGCAUCUGGCCUGGAGAUCAUUCGACCCCACCUCCGUCGCGCUUUCACGCCCAAGAUAAGCGAACAGAUGGUCGACCCCGACGGCCCAAAGUACAGCCUCGGCGAAACCGACGCUGGCAAAGUCGUCGCCGACAACCUCGAGAAGCUCGCACAGAUGAACCAACAGGCCGAGGAACUCGCGGCCGCCAAGAAAACCCUGGAGCAAAAGUUCGAUGAGAAGCUGUUUCAGGAGUACAAGCGCAAGCGCGACGAGAUUCUCUCAAAGCACCGCACGCAGCGCGCAAGCCGCUGGGCGGUACGCGCGGCCAUCCUGGGCGGUGGCAUCGCCGCCGGAGUCGUCACCAUGGGCCCGGGCGCGUCUGUACUGGCCGCCGAGCCCGUGUUCGAACGGUACGCGCGCAAGCAGAAGCGUCGCGAGACGGCGGAGAAGAUCGCGUUGCGCGAGAGUUACAAGAAGGAGAGCGCGGCCGCCGGCACCAUGGCCAAGUACAACACCGACUGGCUCAUGGACCGGAAGGUGCAGCACCGUCACGACCUUGAUUGCGAUGAGUACAGUAUGGUUAAUCAGAGCGAGUCUUCAGUAGGAUUGGCGCCGGCGGCUCCAGUCAGGAAGUCUCGCGACUCGCUAUCUGACGAUAGUGACGGCAGUGACUUUGCAGACUUGCGCUCCGACGUUCCAUGGAACAAAGCCUUCGCCAAGUAG